ACUGAUGUCAGUCGGAACCACCAACGGAUAAUAUCUUUUCAGUCGAAGAUUGUAAAACAGGCAGGGUCCGUGUUAGUUAAAUAUUUGAGUUCGUUUCGGUACAAACAAACCAUGAUCCGACUAAGUAAGCGCCGAGGAGUCCGAGUACUCAAAAUAACAGUGAGUUUAAUUGUAUUUCAAAGAAAUUCAUAGCAUAAAAUGGCAAUGGACAAAUACAAUCUGACAUGGACAGGAAUAGUGUAGAAAUAGUUUCAGUGAAGUUCAAAAUUUUUAGUAAUACUAUAUUAAUAGGGCAACAACGCUUCAUAUUCGUGUGGAAUUUCGAUUUACUUUACAAUGUUAACAGUGUACUUAAAAGUGCUUGGAAGCGAAAACCAAAAACCUGAACCAAAUUAGAUUACACACAAGUUAUUUUUCAAUAAUUCAGUUGCCCUAAAUCUGUGAAGCAAUGUACGCUUCUAACAAAGUUGUUAAGCCUUCGACUAGCGUUUUAGAAAGAACUAAACAAUUCGAAAGUUUGUCGCAUCCGGCGCAGCAGUCCGAUGAUCAAAAAUCGGAGGGUGACCCUGAAGAAGAUAGUGACGGGGAAGGCUUAGAUUUUGCCGAACUUGUUAGGAACAUAACGUCUGAGAGUCAAGCCACAACUGGAGUUAGCGAUUCAGAUGCUUUACAAGAAGCUUUUAAAAUAUUAGACUGUGAUGAAGAUGGUUUUAUAUCAGUGGCAGAUUUAAGAACGGCACUUAAGAUGUUCAAAGAAGACGAAGAUGAAGAUGUUGCAGGAAAGGAUUCUGAAAAUGAAGAAGAAGAGGAAGAUGAUGAAGCCGAAUUGAAAGAAAUGAUUGCUGAAGCAGAUUUUGAUGACGAUGGUCAAAUAAGUUUUGAUGAUUUUUUGAAAGUUUUGACAAAACCGGAAGUGCCGGAAGAACCAGAACCAAUACCAGAAAAUGAUGAACAAUUUAAAGAAAAAGACAGAAAGAAACGAAAAAAGGGUCACAGAAAGAACGCCAAAUAAAAUAGCUUAACAAUUUUUACGACU